AUGUCAUCAGGCAGUACUUCAAAUGUAUGGAAGACGCCAGAGCCGCGUGAGCCUGCGCCUGAACUGCGUGUAUACAACAGCUUCACACGAAACAAGGAACUGUUUGUGCCGCAGCGUGGUCGUCUAGUGACGUGGUACAACUGUGGUCCGACUGUGUACGAUGCAAGUCAUAUGGGUCAUGCGCGUAACUAUGUGACACAGGAUAUCAUCCGUCGUAUUAUGCGCGACUACCUUGGCUACGAUAUUCAGUUUGUCAUGAAUGUGACCGACAUUGAUGACAAGAUCAUUAUGCGUGCCCGUCAGCAGUACCUUGUUGAACAGUAUCGUGCUCAGCACCCGCAUUUGACCAAGGCACUCCUGGAUGAUGUACAGUCUGCCUGGGCCAACUUCUUCCGCGAUACUCUACUUCCACUAGCACCGCCGGCCCCGCCUUUGGAAGCAGCUAAGAACCCGGAGCUUGCCGAGAGGGAAAGAGCUGGCGAGGGUGGUUGGGAGCAAGUGUCACGCAUGGCGCAGGAUGAAACGUGGCGUGCAGAUGUCUCGCAGCGUGUGCCCAAGUUUAGUAUGUGGUUCAAAACACUGCAAACCUCGCGCGAUGCUCAGAUUGCUGCCGCCAUGGCCCUUGGCACGGGCGAUACCUCUAGCGAGCAGGCACAAUCCUUGAUUGAUGCGUCUGUGGACAUUCUUAGUGCCCACCUCGAUGCCACGCUGGCACACACGGUCAGCGAUCCAGCCAUCUUCCGCAAGCUCGCUGCGUAUUGGGAGGCUUCGUUCUUUGAGGAUAUGCGCCGCUUGCAUGUCGAGCCGCCAUCAAUGCUGACGCGCGUCAGUGAAUAUGUUCCUGAGAUUGUCGCUUUCAUCCAGCGUAUUAUCGAUAAUGGAUUUGCAUACGUCGACGAUGCUUCGAACGAAAGCAAGAACGUAUGGUUUGCCACAUCGACCUUUGACGGUGGCGUGUGCGAAGCUGGCACACAUUCGUAUGCGAAACUCGCGCCGUGGAGCAAGGGCAACCGAGAACUACUUGAGGAAGGCGAAGGUGCGCUGGCCGCCAAGGGCAAACGGAGCGCAGCUGAUUUUGCGCUGUGGAAGCGAGCUAAGCCCGGUGAGCCGUCAUGGCCUUCGCCAUGGGGUCCUGGCCGUCCCGGCUGGCACAUUGAGUGCAGUGUCAUGGCGUCGGAGGUGCUAGGAUCGCAAAUUGAUAUCCAUUCAGGUGGUAUUGACUUGACAUUCCCUCAUCAUGACAAUGAAUUGGCGCAAAGUGAAGCUUAUCAUGGAUGCACACAGUGGAUCAAUUACUUUUUGCAUACAGGUCAUCUGCAUAUUGAAGGUCUAAAGAUGAGUAAGAGUUUGAAGAAUUUCAUCAGCAUUGAUGAGGCGCUUUCGCGGUACUCGGCUCGCCAGCUGCGUAUGGCGUUCCUCAUGCAUCCGUGGCACGUGAAGUUGGAUUUCCGUGAGUCGAGUAUGGCUGAAGUGCGUGCAGCGGAAUCUACACUGAACAAAUUCUUUGCCGCUGUAGUAGCGGUGGAGCGUGAGUUCCGUGCUAAGGGCCCUGCCUUUAGCGAUGGUCAGCACCACUUUGGCACACAGGAGAAAGAGCUUAUGGCUGCGCUGCAUGACACCCAGUACGCGUUCCGUGCUGCAAUGUGUGACAACUUUGAUACACCGAAAGGCAUGGAUCUCCUUCUACAACUCGUUUCGCGUGCGAAUGUCUACGAGCGUGGCACCUCACGCGAAUCGAUUAAUGUGAGCGUGCUGGUGGAUGUUGCGCAGUAUGUCGCGUCGAUGUUGCGUAUGCUGGGUUUGGGCGAAGGUCCUUCGAAUGACGGUGACCUGACAUGGGGUACAGCGUCUUCGUCGGGCAUGGAUACCAUGAGCCGCGAUGAAAUUGCUGCGCCAUUUGUGCGUGUCCUCUCGUCGUUCCGCGAUCGCGUGCGUCAACUGGCUCGCUCGCAGGCUUCCGCUGGAGAUUUGCUCAAGCUAGCUGAUGCGAUUCGUGAUGUGGAAUUGGUCGAUUUGGGUGUAGCGCUGGAGGACCAGGAAGAUGGUCAGGCCCUGUUCAAGUUCGUUCCGGCAGAGCAGCUACAAGCGCAGCGUGCGGAAAAGGAACGCAUGGCAGCCGAGAAGGCGGAACGCAAGGCUGCUGCUGCUGCUGCGGCCAAGGCCAAACGACGUGAGCAGCUAGAGCGAGGCCGCAUCCCGCCUAGUGAAUUGUUCCGUGCGCCACACACAUCCGAAUACAGUCAAUGGGACGAGCAGGGUUUGCCGACGCACGACAAGGACGGCGAAGCGCUCGGAAAGAAGCGACGAAAGAACAUUGAAAAGGAAUAUGAGCGUCAAGGAAAGUUGCAUGCAGACUACUUGGCCGCUCAGGCAGCGGGUGAAAUAGACUAA